UUUUCCUUUUACGUUUCAGGUUUGACAAUUAGACGAUGAAUUCAAGAUGGCGUCUAAUGUACGGGUGGAAAUGUCGUUGUGAUAAAAAACUUGCUUUCAUUCCAUUUUCAUGUAUUGUGGUGUUGUGAAAUGAGCAAAAUUAAGAGAAGAGUAACAGUUGAUUCUGCUAAGUCUGUCCCGGAUGAGGGAGAUAGACGCAAACCAAGUGUUUUUGAAAGGCUUGGUCCCGGAGCUCGAAAGCAACUAGACGAUCGUGGAGAAAGUUCAUACCACAACACUAAGUGCCGUCAUUGGUUUUCAAGUGGAGAGUGCGCCUUUGGAAGCAGUUGUAAAUUUCAGCACGGUCCACCUUAUAAAAAAGCAAGAGGAGAGGAGAGCCCUGAUAAACCCAGAUCAAGGCCAAAACAUUACAAGAAGGAGGCUGAAGGUAGUGACUCGGAUUCUGAUCACCGCAGCCACAGUAAAACCAAAAAAGAAAAAAUCCGCUCCAUUGUUAGUAAGAAGAAAGCAGCACAAGAAAGUGACAGUGAUACCUCAGACAGCUGGGAACAGGAGAGACCUCAAUCUGUUAGAACAGAUUUGGAUUACAAAAAGGAAUUAGAGUUAGAGAGACAGAGGCAGCUGAUUCAGAAGGAGUUAAAUCAGUUGAAUCAAGAGGAGGCCAGGGAGAAUAUUACCAUUCAAAAGAAACUGAGUAGCAGUGAAGACGAAAUGGAAAGCCCAGAACAAAAGUACAAAAAAUCCAGGUCGCCAAGCAAGAAGAAGAAGGAGAAAAAGCAUAAGAUGAAGUCACCUAAAGCCAAGGACAUGCGAUCACCAAGUCCUGGGGCGAGGAAGAGAAUUGAAGAGCAAGAUAUUCCAAAGAAAAAGCACAAAAAAAAGAAAUCUCUGGAGAAGAAACAUGUGGAACUUUCUGAUGAGGAGGACCAGGAAAUGAAAAUGAAGAAGUUUAAAAUCAAGAGUAUCAAAUGUAAAACCGAGAAACCCAUUUUGAGUUUCCAGUCAGAGGAAGAGUAUGAAGAUGAACUUGCAAAGAAAACAGCUGCUAGAAAAUUGUCACCUUGGUCACGUUCCCCCUCUCGCUCCAUAUCAAGAUCAAGGUCACCCUCGGCAGAGUAUGGAAGGUCAAGGAGGUCACCAGAUGAAUACGAGAAGUUUCUGGUUCAGCAACAAGGAAACUCACCCAUGAGCAAGAAAGGAAAGAAGGCGAUACGGGCACAACUACAGUUAGAGAACUAUAUGAAGGAAAAAUACAAAAAAGGGAAGCAGAGAGAACUGUCACAGGAACCUAGAAUGGAGAAAAAAGAUCGAUCAUUAACUCCUGAUCAUGGAGAUCCAAAGGGGAGCAAAAAGAAAGGCAAAAAGGACCAGAAAAAGAAACAUAAAGAUUCAGAAAAGGAUUACUUAUCUAAUAGUGACUCCGAGGUGUAUUCAAGAGGAGACAAAAAUUCACCAACUAAAAAGUACGAUCCACCACUGGAUAACAGGAACCAGAGGAGCUCAAGGCGUGACGAUUAUGAGCAGCAGAGAGUUUCACCUAAAGAGUAUGGGGACAGCCGGUCCAAGCAGUAUAAGUCUCAGGAUCGGAGGGGACCAAGUCCCCCAGUAAAGGAGAGAAGAAGAACGCCCUCCCCGGACCCGGGCAUUAAAAUGCCGGAGUCCUACAGCAGGAAAGAGUACUCACCCCCGGAGUCUCAGAGGUCAGGGUCUCAAUACCAAAGAAGUCGAAGAGAACCCUCUCCCAGGGACAGGAGGGAUGACAACAGUAGGUACACCAAAGACCGACGCAUGGAGGAGGAGAGUCAGGGGAGAGACAAGGAUGACCAGCGUCGAUCCGGCAGGUACCCCUCCCCGGUGGAGCGCAGAUAUGAAGGUCGUCAUGAACCACCUCCCAGGGCCGAGUUUGAAGGAAGAUCAGACAGCAGCCGUGGUAGGUAUAUGGAAAGAGAAAGGGAGUCCUAUGACGACCGCUUUGACCUACCACCAACGCCACACUCAGAGGAUAUCCGAGAUCGUAAUAGAGGCCCUUACAGACAGCGGGGCGGACCACUACCCCCAGAACCUUAUGAAAGGAACAGAAGGGGACCUCCCCCUGAUAGAUAUGACAGGGAUAAGCGUGGCCCUCUAGAGGGGUAUGGAAGAGACAAACAUGGACCCAUGCUGGACGUUUUUGAUAGAGAACGAUAUCCCAGGGAAAGAGAUCGAUAUGGAUCUAGGGAUCAACGACCUGACCUCAGGGAUUCAAGAUACGAGGGAGGUAGGGAUCCAUUCGAUAACAGAGGACCCUCUCCUGGGGAAUUUGCGUGGGAGCAGAAUCGCCGCGGUGGUCCCUGGCCGCCACCACCAUCUUCUAGAAGUCGUGUUGCUCCACAACCACCACCACUCAUGGGCCCAGACAGAGGUUAUCGACCCCCAGACCGCUAUCCAGACUAUGGACCCCCUCUCCCAGCAGGUGGCAGGUACGACUCUCCAAGAGAUCACCGCGGAGAGAGGGGGGACUGGGAUAGACAGGACCUCAGAGACGAUUUCUUCCCCCCAGAAAGGAGGGACUGGGAGCGUCAUGAUGACCGGAGGGACUAUCCCCCACCCCGAGAAGAUGACCGCUUCAUGGACAGGCCUGACGAUAGAUACAGAGAAAGCCGUUAUGACAGAAAAGCUGAUGACAGACGGAAUGAUGACAGGUCAAAGCGGGAUCGCUAUGGUGACGAUAGGUCAGAGAGACAAGAUAGAGACAAGGGUGAAUCUGGAGGACGGGCAGAUUACGAACGUGAACGUCGCCGAGGAGGGUCACCAGACCGAAGACGGGACCUGUCACUAGACCGUAAGGGGGAGGCAUCUAGGGAUCGCAGGAGGGAGGGAUCGCCUGACAGGCAGCAGGGAGGGUCACAUGACCAACUAAGUGCAGAGUCAAAAGAGAAGUAUCGUGAUGAAGGGGAUAGAAGGAAGGAGGAAGUAAGUGAAAGGAAAAGUGAUAGAUCAGUGGAUAGAAAGAGAGAAGAAAGACGGAGAGAGGAAAGAGGGCAAGGAGCAAGUGAUGGUAGGCGAAAGGAGGGAUCACAGGAGAAACCCACAGAUGGCUCGCCUGAUAGGCUGAAGGAGAAGUCACAUGACAAAAGGUGGGAGGAGUCACCUGAGAGGUCUGUAGGUGAUAAGGAAACAGAGAGACGGAGAGGAGAAGAGGAGAGAGGUCGGAGAGAGCCGGAGAACAAAGAGGAGAGAACCAGUCAAGGGCGAGAGAAGAUGUCUCGAGACAAACAAGAUCCAACUCCGACCAAGAAAAAAGACAAGAAAACAAAAAAGUCUCACAAAGAAAAGUCUAAAGAGGAAGUGAAGACUGAGGAAAAAAAGGAGAAAGCAGAACCAAGGAAGGAAAGCAGAAAACGAGGUCGUGAUGAUAAAGACAAGUCUGUAUCACCUUCACCUAGAGCACGAGAAGCUGACGUAUCCCCCACACCAUCCGCGAAGCGAGCCAGAGAGGUGUCUCCAACAGAGUCCCAACGCAGCAAGAGGGAGAUUUCACCAGCAUUGUCUCACAGGAGUAAGUCCAGUGCUACUCCUGUUGAGAAGCCGCCAACAAAAGCGGAGGAGGAGGAGGAAGAUAAAGGGAGAUCCAGGGACUGGGACCGGGGGAGUGAGAAGUCGGACAAGAAGGGGAGGGAGAGGCAUGCUUCUAGUCCCUUUUCUGUUGAGGAAGACAGGGGGUCAAGGGUCUCUAAAAGGUCAAGGUCACCUGAGGUCAUUGAUGAGCAAAAGGACAGGGACAGAAGGAAGAAGAGAAAAUUGGAUCGAGAUGAUGAUAGAAGACCAAGUGAUAAAAGUCGUGAUGAAGAACACAAGUCAGUUGGCAGACGUUCUCAGAGCAGUCAGCCUGACAACAAGCCCAGUGAUUGGUCAGAAGAUUCGGAGGAGAAACCUCCAGUGGAGGAGAUGGAGAAGGAUAAAGAACAGGUGGUGUCUGCUUUACCAGAACAUCUCCAGUCCAGACGACGUCGAAGCCACAGUCGCAGCAGCAGAGGAAGCACAGGACGCAGCAGUCACCGUGACAACCGCAGCAGACGGUCAUCGUUCGAUCGUGGACGACGGGAUCGCACGCCUGACAAUCGGUCCUCUAGUCGACCCAGCAGUCGCGACAGGUCAAGCAGGGGAAGAACAAGUUCAAUUGAUGACAGAGAAAAAGAAAAGACGAAAAGUGAUGCAUCUGAAAGCAAAACUGAGCCGCUAAUUAAAAAAGAAAGACCUAAUGAAGAUGAAGAAGAGGAUUCUGAUGAUAAUUUGUCAUUGGAGGAGAUUUCGAGUGAAGAGGGUAGUGUCAUUGGAGAAGAAGAAAAGAAACCUAGUAUAAUGGACAUCGUGGACAUAGACUGGACCAGUUUGGUGCAGUCAUCACAACCCAAACCAGCCAGCACAGGUUCAGCUUUACAACGUUUCAGGGCACCAGCUAUAUUUGCCAAGCUUGGUGUUUCUAGAGAAUUAGCUGGGAACGAAUUAUUUGAGAAGAUUCAGAGUUCAUGUCAACAGGAACUAGAUAAACAGAGAGAGGAAAAUACAGAGGAGUCGACGGGGCUUGCAGUUAAAACUUCAGAACCCGUGGUUUUCCAGCUGCAGGAUUCCCUGAGCAGAGUCCAGGCAAAUUCCUCCACUCUGUCCUCAAAGAGUGAAAUCUUAAAGAGCAUCGGCAGCUUUAGACGGGCAUUGUGUGCCAGGAAAGACCUGGAGAUCCGAAGAAAGCUGUGUAAAGUGGACACGAACUUGGACCAGUCUUUCAAUCCUCCCAUGCCAGACAGGGAACUGUGUAAACUUAGUGCUCAGCUUCUGACUGCAUCAGACAUUUCUCCGGUGAAAGACGAUGUUACAGCAAUCAUUAAACCAGAGAUUCAGUGUGCCUAGGAACUGCAGCAUCCAGCAGCUAAAAUUAAAACAAUUAACAUUGUUUCACAAAGCAGAACCACAGUCGUUGUGGGAUCUGCUCAGCACAAUGCAGACAUAUUUUUAUUGUCGUUUAUGUGUUCAUGUCUUACAUGUAUAACAUUGUCAUUUUCAUUAAAAAAGUGAAAUUUG